GGACCAUACCUAAAAAUCGUAUGAAAUCUUUAUAAUGAGUUCCUGAUUUUGGCGGGAAAACCCUACCACGACUCUACUUAACCACCAGUUUUAGCGCGCUCGGGACUUCCAUCCACGGACCGAACACACUUGGGAUCGAGAUGGUCGGUUUACCGUACGAUCUGGUGGCGAACCCUCUCGGAGCCGUCCGAUCGACGUUCGAGAAAGCGGCGGCGUCCUCGGGAUUCGAUCCCAACGGCAAGGACUGGGGCGUCCUCGAUCUCUUCCGCCAUUUCCUCUUCGAUCAAGGCCGCCUCUCUCAGGUCCCGAUUCUUAAUGGUGAAACUAUCAGAUGGAUUCAGCCCAAAACUCUCGUGCGGUUCCGGGCAAUGGUACAAGACAUGUUGGGGAAUGAGUUCUACGUCGGUGCUUAUCAGGAUGGGUCGGUAUGGAGAACCAACAAGUUCAGGGAUGUCUCUCAAUUCCCCUUGGGUGAUUCUUCGCCCCAUACGCAAGUUUGGGAACGCCGUCUGCUGUACUGUGUUCCUGUUCCAGGGCAAAAUUCUUGGACGGAACCAUCAUCUGAGUCAGUGGUGAAUCAAUGCAAGGAUUUCAUACCCCAACAGAGAGAGAAGCGCAGGAGAAUGGACGAUGAAGCUAUUGAUGACAUGAAUAUGCUUGUUUCAGACAACGGGUUUCAAGUUUCUCCCAGUGUAAAAAAGGUGAAAGAGGAUGGCUGCCCUUCCACGUCUUCUCAGACUCAGGAUUCCUUAAGUGAAGGCUACUGCUCUAAUACGAGUAUGGUAACUGGAAUUGACAAAGAUUUUCUUAGUUGUCUUGUUAAGAUAUACGAUUCUCCAGAGUCUGACUUGAAGCUGAAUGAUGUUUUUGAGUUCAUCGGGAUUCUCACUCUUGAUUCAGAGCUUAAUGAAGACAAGGAUGAUCAUGAUGAGCCCGAUAAUGGUUUUUGUGACGAUGUCAUGGUACAUUUGCCCCCUAACAAGGGUUUUAUGUUGCAGGUACCACGCCUCCAUUGCCUUAUUCACAGGAAGCUAGCAGCUCCCGACUUUCUUCGUGGUUCUCCCAUGAUGGAGCCAAAGCCCCAUUUUGUCAGAGAGAUGAGAGAAGUUCUGUUAAGGCAUCUUACAGUUGUUCUAGGCAAUGAUGGCAUAGCUGCUCAUUUCAUGUUGUUGCAUCUCUUGUCCAGGGUUCAUACUAGAGUAGACACUGUUGCCGUGGGCAAGCUUUCACUGAACCUCACAUGUUUUAGCAAAGAAAGUGCGGCUCUGUUUGGCAGCCGACUUAGUCUUGCUUUAAAAACCCUCUUACCUUUCACGCAUUGCAUACCCCUUACACUGGAGUAUCUUAACUCUGUAUCACUUGCCCCAAAAAAGGAUUACGAGACAAACAGACUGAAAACUGGAGUUCUGCAGCUAGCUGAGGGCUCACACAUAAUCAUUGAUGAGACCCAAUUGGAAGCAGGGACCCUCAACUCUGUUGGGAUGGAGAAUGCAAGGUUGUUAAGAAAUCUAAUGGAGCUGCAAAGGGUGGAAUACGAUUUUAAGUACUAUAAAAUGGAGAUGGCAGCUGAUGUCCAAUUGCUUAUAUUUUCUGAGGCAAAAUCAAAUAUUUUACCUGCUGAUAUAGUUAUGCCUUUCCAGCCUUCUUCAGUGGGUUCCUCUGAAGUUGUGACUGCAGAAGCACUAGAAGCUUGGAGAUGGUAUUUGGCUACUGUUAAAUCAUUGCCACAUUCUAUCGAGUCAGAAAUGCAGAAGGUGGUUGAAAAUGACCUGGUUGCGGCAAGGCAAGCUGACCGGAGCAUAGGGAGCCAUGAUUUCAACAGAUGGCUGACAAUGGGCCGCCUAAUGUCCUUGAGUUUUGGUGAAACCUGCCUAUCGUUAGAACAUUGGCAGAUGGUCAAGGAACUGGAGAGGCUACGAAGAGAGAGGCUCAAAUGAAGUAUGAAAUUGGUUGCUGGGAUUGGGGAUAUUGCUUUGAAACUGAUUUAAAUUACAGGCCUGGGCUGUGAAGCACAUUGUGUUUAUGUACGAAAAUGCUUUUGCCAUUUAAUAGGAACGUGUUGCAAUUUA